GACGUUUCCGGUUAAGACCCUUAAUCUGGAUUACAGUUUGCUUCAUAAAGGAUGGAGGGAGCGACUCAUGGGCUGGAGUUCUGCCUUGCCCAGGCAGACGACUUUGAGCAGGUGAUGUCCAUCUCCGUGGACAUCUACAAUGGCCUCGACUACCUGCCUGUCCGUUACCAUAACUGGCUGAAGGAGCCGUUGCGCAGGGUGAUCCUGGCCAAGAAGGAGGGCCGUGUGGUCGCUCUCGUGUCGGUGUGUGUCAUCGACGAUGGCCAUACCGCUGUGGUGGAAGGCUUGAGGGUGGCCCCCAAUGAGAGAGGCAAAGGAAUUGCAGGCCUGAUCCAGCGGUACGCCUUGGCCCUGAUUAAAUCCCAGUUCCCGAGCCUGGAGGUACGGCGGUACACCAGAACUGGUCAGCUGAGCCCUGACGUUUUUACAAAGUUCCGGUUGAUAUGCAGCCAGGAGGUGCUGGUGAUACACUUCGUGGCAGAGGAGCUGCAGCCCAAGCUGGAGUCUGUCAUCGGCCACCUGAGGGGGAGUGGGGAGGAAUGGGAAGAGCCCAUUCAACUGGGGGCGGGCGAGGUCAAGAAGGUGUUCCUGGACCGGAGGGUGGUGGAAGGGGUGCUGCCAGGGGGCACCAUCAUCCUGGACUGGAUCCCUUACAAGCCUUCCGAUAGCAACCUGGAGAUUCUCCUGAAGCGAGGCAUCACCUGGAUGGCAGACAGCACGGUGGACCCCACCGUUCUAAGCCUGUGCUCCAACGCCUACAAGGUACCUGAGGGAGCCAACCACCGACUCAACAUCGACAUCUUCGGGAAGAAUUUCCCUCAGGCCAGAGCCCAGUUCGUUUUUCAGCUGCGCAAGGCUCUCAGGUUGCUUCAGGGUCCCAUAUACUGCCUUAUAUACAUGGACCUGUCCUUGUGGUCCAACAUGCAGUCCUUCUGCCAGACCGCCUUCGGUCUGUCCUAUCAAAGGCUCCUUGAGGGGCAGAAGGUCUUGGAGGCAGAGCUUUAA